ACCGGAAAAGAUUCCCCAUAGGUGCGGAAACAAAGAUGGCGGAAGAGGAGAAGCAGUUUGAAGAAUUUGAGCAAAUAGACUUUUUAAAAGACCGACAUGUCAGAUUCUUCCACAGAACGCUUCAAGUGUUACCAGAGAGGUACGCGUCGCUGGAAACAACCCGGUUAUCCAUCCUGUUUUUUGCCCUGUCUGGUCUCGAUGUGCUGGACGCUCUUGAUGUGGUUGACAGCAACAUUAUGAUUGAGUGGAUCUACUCCCUGCAGGUUUUACCCACAGAGGAUAAAUCCAACCUUAGCUGUUGUGGAUUUCGGGGAUCGUCACAUAUUGGAGUUCCUUACAGCACCAAGGGUCCAGGUGUUGUCCAUCCGUAUGACAGUGGCCACAUAGCCAUGACGUACACCGGACUGUGUUCGCUGCUGAUCCUCGGAGAUGACCUGAGUCGGGUCAACAAACAAGGCUGUCUGGCUGGUGUUAGAGCACUGCAGCUGGAGGAUGGCAGUUUCUACGCCGUGCCAGAGGGAAGUGAAAAUGACAUCCGGUUUAUCUACUGUGCAGCUUGUAUCUGUUACAUGCUGGACGACUGGUCGGGCAUGGACAUCCAGAAGGCCAUCGAGUACAUCCGAGGAAGUCUGUCAUAUGACAACGCAUUUGGCCAGGGAGCUGGGAGAGAGUCUCAUGGCGGCUGGACCUUCUGCGCCAUAGCCUCUCUGUGUCUGAUGGGUCGACUAGAGGAGGCGCUGAGUCAGCGAGAGCUGGACAGGAUCCGGCGCUGGUGCAUCAUGAGGCAGCAGAGCGGUUUCCACGGGCGACCCAACAAGCCUGUAGACACAUGCUACUCCUUCUGGGUGGGAGCCACGCUGGAGCUGCUGGACGUGUUCCGGUACACCAACUUUGAGAAGAACAGGAACUUCAUUCUGUCCACGCAGGACCGUCUGGUGGGCGGCUUCGCCAAGUGGCCGGACAGCCAUCCAGACCCCCUUCACGCCUACUUGGGCCUUUGUGGUCUCUCUCUGAUUGGAGAGCCCAGUCUGAGGAAAGUCCACCCAGCUCUGAACAUCACCCAGAGAGCCUUUCAGCACCUCCAGCAGCUGCAGCAGACGUGGAGGGAGAGCACCAACAGCUGUGGCGGACAACACUGACGGCAGGAUGAUCCAACGCUAAAUAGCUCCAGUAAAUCACAACCAGCUGUUGGUCACCGGUCACUGAACUUUUCUGAGGUUCAAGCUGCAAGGCUCAUAAUCAUGAGGACCUUGUUUUACGUCCAUCUUAAUCUACCUUUUAGUGUUGAGCAAUACCUGCCAUACCUCUUUGCUGCCUUUUUAAUCAUAAACAUAGCUGUCGAUCACAAAUGUGGCUUGUAAGAAUGCAGUGACGUGCCAUUUUUGAUUCCUCCAUUUUUUUAGUUCCUUUUAGGAUUAUCUGGAUUUUUUUCCCUUUAAGAUGCACAAAAAAAGUUCUCACCCUGCAAAAAUGUAUUUUCUCCUCAUUUCCCACGAGCAACUGUUGUACAGCGCUGUUACAAUGCAUCAAAGCUUCAAGCUGCUCACCUGCUGCAUCCUCUAGUUUCAUUUUCUAAGGAACGAGAAGUUCAAAUAAUGGAUGAAAUUCACUAAAAAGGAGGCUAAAGCUACCUCAGGAAGCAAAUUUCUUUAUAAAAAAAAAGUUUUUUAAAGCUUAUCUAAUGACCUGAUUUCAGAUCACAACCAAAUAUUUUCUUUGCAUUUUAGAUUGUAUGAAAAAAAAAAAACGCAUUCCCCCUUUAAAAGCAGCAGUGUUUAGCGAGCCUUGAGCUGAACUACGCUCAUUCACGUUUAAUUCUAUAUAUGUGUUUUACUCCCAGCUGCAACGCAAUAGGAGACGGAUCAGACAAUAAGCAUCCUGACUGGAAGAAACGGGCUUUGAUCUGUUCUGGGAAAUUUCUGUUUAGAAAGGAUGCGAAGCAGAACAAUGAGCUCGGGUGUGUGACGGGUCGUCUGCGAACAGAAACAUCUAUUUUUCCGCAGGUUUAACCGUUUAUUUAGCGGGUUUGAGCCGAAAUGAAAGUUUCUGAUUUUUAACGAGACCCUCGGAGAGCCGAAGCAUUUGCCUUUUACAGCUGCCACCAGAGCUUGUGAUGGGGAAAGGCUUUCAAAGCAGGCUGGAAAAACCGUCGUCUGUCUGCUGCACCUUUCCUGCAGGGCUUAAAACACCUGACUUUGCCUCUCUCGUCCUGCCAGACUAUGAUUAUUUUAUUUAUUUAGAAGCACAGAUGUAAGGAGAGAGUAUGGGAGGAGAGGAGAAUAAAUAAAUAAUUUGAGCCAUCUAUUAUUAAAAGUAAACUGUCGGAGACUAUACCCGCUUCUCUAAACCCAGAUCGCUGUUUUAAACCCAUUUUUUGUUUUUUUUGUUCUGUUCUUUCUUGGCCUGAAACAAACACUUGAGAGUGUUUGAUCUCGUCUUAAAGACUGUUAUUCUAGAAUCCUGCUGUAAACCCCUUCAGUAACUUUAUAUUCCAUAUUUUUCACAUGUUAAUGCAAAAUGUGCUUUUUGACUAUUAUUUAAUAUGUGAUAUAUUUCAGUAUUUUCUUGGUGUUAAUCAAGGUUCUGGAGAUGAAAACACGCUGAAUGACGAAUGUUUUUGCUUCAGCACCAUGUUAGUUAAGAUGAUAUGAAUGAAUCUCAUCUGUGUCUUUCUUAAAAUAACCCCAUUUUAUUGCUUUCGUCUGUUUGUGUAUAUAGACCAAGUCACACGUCAUGAUAUUGUUGCCUUCAUAAUGUGCCUGAUCUAGUUUUAUUUUAUUUUUAUUGGCUCAAUGCUGCUCAAGUGCUUCUUUUUACACAUCCACACACAGUUUACUUUAAUGUUUGAUCAACAUUUUGGUCUAAACAGACAAGCUUGUUUAAAUAAUUGGACUUUCAUUGGCUGGUAGACGUUGUUGGGCGUGUUUUUAUAUUUUCUGGAUAGAAAAAAAAAUUCACAAAGCUGUUUCCUUUUUGUUAUAAAUUUUUUUUUCGGUUGCAUCACUCUGCAGACCUGCUCCGUCCCACAGCACGAGACGGGUUUGCACUUCGUAAACAGCUGCAGCGACAAAGCUGUGAAUGGAUUCUGAACCACAGCCAAAAAUACCGCACCAAUCAUGAAACCCUCGCUCUGAUGUGAGGUACCACCACAUGUAGUUACGACGGAACGUUAAAUGUGAUUGGGCUUCUGUGCUCUAGGCAUGUUCAGUGUAAAAAGUUGUAAAUGUCUAUAAAUACGUGACUUUUGUUGUACAAGUGCUCAAGAACAAAAUGUUUUCCAUCAGUCAGAAAUGGACAAGCAGAUGUUGGUGAAUUCUUGGAGUUCGUUGCUGAAUCUGGACACAUUAAUGUUGAUUCAAGCUUGGCGGCAAACUGUAAUUAUGGUAAAUAAAAUUACUAACUUUUA